AUGUCAAUAAAGGUGAUGAAGAAGGCAAGGGAGUCGGGAGAUGGUUGUGGCUACGCCAGCGGGGGCUCGUUGGCGGAUGCAUACCUUCGAACACUGAUGGCAGAUACAGUAGGCAUUGGCCAAAGGCGAACAGAUUUUCUGCAGCCCCUUUAUCUUGAUGAAUUCGUGUUUAGCAACUCUGCACCAAGUGAUGAAGAUCUCGAAGACGAUAGUGGCUAUGUCCUGGGCAAGUCUUUCAUAGAGACAUACUGCACUUACGCAUCAUUAUUUGACAGCGCUAUUACCCGGGCAACCUCAUAUCGUCGAAUGAUGAUCUCUUCAAAAGGGUACAUAGGUCUUGUACCAGCGAAGGCUCAAGAAGGAGAUCACAUUUGUGUUCUCCGUGGCUGCUCCGUUCCGGUAAUCCUGCGCAAAAAGGGCGAACAUUAUGUAUUAAUUGGUGAGAGUUAUGUGCAUGGUAUCAUGGACGGAGAGGCUUUCUCGCAGAAGUGGGAUCCGCCUUUGGUGGAAGACGCAUUUACUCUAGUUUGA